CCAAACCGCGCAUGUUAACAGCUGCCCGCUUAACCCGGAAGCCAGAUGCACCAAUUUGUCGGAGGAAACACUGUUCACCUGACGACGGAGGUCAGCCUGCAGGCGCCACAAGGAGUAGUAAAGCCAAACCCUCCCCUAACCUGGGCAACGCUUGGUCUAUAGUGUGCUGCCCUAUGGGACUCCCGAUCGCAGCAGGUUUGUGGUACAGCCCGGGAUCAAACCUGGGUCUGUAGUGAUGCCUCUAGCCCUUCAAUGCAGUACCUUAGACUGCUGCACUACUCAGGAUGUGCGUCUUUCAGCCGACGCUGCCAGCGUGACGUAUAAUCUAGUGGACGGUUCUUCAGAAACAGCUCGUCAACCACCUCGGUAGCUUGCUAGCCAACAUAGCCGAAAAAUUCAAUCUAUUUAGACGCUUUUGGUGUAUAUUACCUACUGUGUUUUAGACACACUUAUAUCGUAUCUAAUUGUUUACCUAUUUAAUUUAAUAUUACGUUAUUUUGUAUUAGUCAGCUAUAGUAGCUGGCUGGUUAAGUUAGCACUAGCUUCGCUAAUGAUAGAUAGCUAACAUCCCCGAACAUGAGCUCCCUAAACUACUCCCCUCCUGUUAAAGCAGAGGUCUCCUGGACGGAGAAAGAAGCUCUGGGUCUGAACAUUGUCGUGAAAGAUGAGAAGGAAGAGGAGGAUCUCACAGUAAAACAACAAGUAGAGGGUGAGGCUGUUACAGUGAAAGAAGAGGGAGACGUUUCAGUUAAAGAAGAGGAAGCCGCGUUCAGAGUGAAAGAGGAGGAUGUUACAGUAAAGGAAGAGAAAGAGGAGGAUGCAGUUUUAAGAGUGAAAGAGAGGGGGGAGAUGACUGUCACAUUAAAAGAAGAAGAGGUGGAGAAAGGAGAUCUGAUUAACACCAGAGAGAGACGGGACUAUCAUGGAUCCUCUGGGGACCCUCAACAACCUCAUGAUGCUGACGGGGCAGAACAGUCUCUCUCCAGGUCAGAACACUUCAAGAAACACCAGCAGAGACCAACAGGGAAGAAACCUCACUGCUGGUCUGACUGUGGAAAGAUCUUUUCAAAAUCAUAUACAUUACAAUCACACCAUAGAACACACACAGGAGAAAACCCAAAUAGCUGUACUCAAUGUGGGAAGAGUUUUGUUUCAUCUUACUAUUUGACUAUACACCAGAGAAUACACACAGGAGAGAAACCUCAUGGCUGUACUCAAUGUGGGAAGAGUUUUGCUCAGUCAAGCUGCCUGAUAUCACACCAAAGAACACACACAGGAGAGAAACCUUAUAGCUGUGAUCAAUGUGGGAAGAGUUUUAUUCAGUCAAGUCAUCUUAAAGCACACCAGAGAACACACACAGGAGAGAAACCUCAUAGCUGUGAUCAAUGUGGGAAGAGAUUUACUCAGUCAGGUGGCCUGAUAUACCACCAGAGAACACACACAGGAGAGAAACCUUAUAGCUGUGCUCAAUGUGGGAAGAGUUUUGCUACAUCUAGCAAUCUGACUAUACACCAGAGAACACACACUGGAGAGAAACCUCAUAGCUGUAACCAAUGUGGGAAGAGUUUUGCUCAGCCAAACAACCUGAUAUCACACCAGCGUACACACACAGGAGAGAAAUGUCAUAGCUGUGAUCAAUGUGGGAAGAGAUACUCUCGUAAAAGAUCUCUGAUCAAACAUCAGAAAAUACAUGCAUGAAGUUGUUUCAUGAUAUCAAUGAAAUAAUGUCACAAUGUAGAAUGUUUUUAACUUUGUAGUAGGAUUAUUUUAAUGAUGUCACAAUGGCAUGAUAAUGAUGGCAAAGUUGUCUAAUUACUAUGUCAUCGUAUUUCCAGGACACUAUAGUGUCUUCUCAGAUAAUGGUAGCGAGCUAACUAUCCUUUUCACUGUUGUUUAAGCUGCAGUCAGAGUCAGUCAGAAUGUCCCAAUGUAGAACCCUAAACGUUUGUCCCCUGUUUAAUUGAUUUCACCAUGAUAUGGAUAUUAGCCUCAGGGGAAAAAUCCAGGCUCUGAAUUGAAUGAGUACUAUUUAAUGCAACACUAAAAUGCAACACUUCAAAAUGUAGCUAGCUGUUUUCUACAAGCUGUCCUCUAACCGGUGAUGUACACAUUAUUCCCAGAUUCCGUGUGGUUUUUGAGCUGUUAGUUUUAACAGGACAUGCAACCUUAUCUCCCUCCUCUCGCGCAAUUGAUUUCAACAUGAUAUCGAAGAGUGAUGACAAAUGUUCCUUUGUUCCUUUGUUUAACGACCCCUACAUUUAAAUGCAUCACUCCAAAAUGUAGCUGACUGUCUUCUGCAGGUUGUCCUCUAACCAGUGAGGUAAAAGAUAUCUCCCAUUUCCAUGUGUUUGUUUAGUUGUGUUAGUUUCAACAGCACAUGCAACCUGAUUUCCCCCGUAAUUGAUAUCAGUGAUUUAUUGCUACUUGUCAAAACAACAGCGUUUUUGGUGCUUGUGCAGUUUAUAAGCUGCUUGUUUAAAAAAAAUACAAGUAAUAUGAUUAUUGUGGCAGGUGUUUGUGUAUAUAGCACAUGUUAUGUUUAAGUUUUCAAUUUAUCCCAAACUGUUUCUGCAUAUUGGUUAUUGAUUUAGACACGUGUUUUGACAUUGGGGAUAUCCCACCUAGCAAAAUGUCAUUGCAAAGAUGUUGAAAAUCAGACUAUGCAACCAAAUAUUUCAUAUUUACAAUUCAUGUAACAUUUAGUAAUCAUGAUUAUUUAUGUAACCAACUGACAAUAUUUUGGGUACAAUUAUAUUGAUAUUGUUUGCCUGCUUUUAGAAUAUCAGGGUUCAUUCUCAGAUGUGCCAACCCAAAUGUACUAGAGCAUGACAUUGGGGACUGGGCCCCGAUCCAACUACAUGCCUAUCUAGUGAACCCUGAAAAGAGAGAGAAGCUCCACAGUGAGGUUGAAAGUUACUACGGAUAGUGCAGGAGUUUCCUCUUGAAAUCAGAUACGUCCGUGGUAAGGACAACUUUGCGUUUAGCCAGUGCGUUGCCAUGGAUCACAAUUUAUCUUGACUGCAUGUGUUUCUGUCUUGGAGUUGGGUUGUGUUUGGGCUCGUUCCAAGGGGACGAGAGUUCUAGAAGCUAGUGAGUUUUAGGAAGACAAGAGUUCUAGAUGCUAAUGAGUUCUAGGAUUCUAUAGAAAGAAAAAGGAGAAAUGAUACGAUUGUAUACUAUUAUUUAAAAAAGUGUUUUUUCUUGUUUUUAAUUUUUGAUAGCCAGUAGAUACACUGUUUAUAUUGAAGGUGAAGCAUUGUAGUUGAUUAUAAUGUGAAAUGUUGUUUUCUGUUGGUGGUGAGAAAACAUGCCCAACAAAAAUAUAGGAUAUAUUUGUUGUCAUAAGAGGGAAGGUGUUACAGGCUUUGAUUUUUCCAUUUGUGUUUUGAGGUUGGACUUUAGCAUGUUAGCACGUAGGACGCACUGAUUGGUGUCA